UUUGAUCCUGUCUUCUCUGCUUUUCCUUUUGUUCAUAUGUCCACGUCUUCUCUCCUGAUAAGACAGACUGAACCGUAGCCAUUUGCACAUGCUCAGUUUAGUGUGUAUUGCUAGAGAGAGUGCAGGUGAUCUUUGCUGGGCCAAUCAGCACUGUCCAGACAGAGGUCAGGGGUUUUGCAUCCUCCUAGAGCAGAAAGAAAACUCCUCCUACAAGCUUUAACCAGUGCUCUGCUGAACACUGAUAGAAAUAACAAGACUGCUCUAACUGAUGAUGAGAAAAGUUAUUUAGCAGUUUAUAUUUACUAA